UCGAAAACGUGGCUUCGAGUCACGCUUGAAAUUUGAAUCGUUAAAAUUUUCACAAUCACGUUCGUUCCCCAUCGUUGGCACACUGUAUUUCUUUCAAAAAAUAUAUUGCUUACUUACUGUGACUUUCGGCAAAAACAGCCUCGCCUCUGAAAUUGCAAUGUGAAAAUAUUAAUAUUAUCGAGUAAAACUCGCGCGUUAAAAAAAAAUGUGGACAGAACGUUGGCGAAAAUGCGAAGCCCAAGCAGCCAAUCGAUUUGCCGAUUCCGAAAGGUAUGAACGACGAACUCGACGAGGACGAAGACGAUCUCGAUGAUGAGGACGACCUUGACGCCGACACGGACGACGAAGACGACUCUGACGCGGACCCCGAGGACGUGCUCAGCGACCAGCCUGACGACGAAGAGAGCGACGAGGAGUACCUUGACGAUUACGACACCACGACAAGUCGAUUAUCAACGACAAUUUCAACGACGGAAAAACCUAAACAGGACAUAACGGCGAUGCCAUUGCCAGUUAGCACCAGCACGCAACAAUCGCCGCAGUCGCAGAGCACGCCAGAUCCGUAUCUAACACACUUUGAUCCCCGUUCCGAGCAUCAGAGCUACAAACAGGCACAAAUGAGGCUCGAGGAGGUGCACAAGGAGAAAGUGACAAAAGUGAUGAAGGAUUGGAGUGAUCUCGAGGAGAAGUAUCAGGACAUCCGUGCUCACGAUCCGGUAGCCGCCGACGCCUUCAAACGAUGGAUGACCGCACGAUUCCAGGAGACCGUUGCCGCGCUGGAGGAAAGUGGCGCCGCAGAAAAACAUCAGUUGAGUGCUAUGCAUCAACAGAGAGUGCAAGAGGCUGUUAAACAGAGGAACGAGGAAGCGAUGUCGUGUUAUACCGCUGCGCUGAACGAGACUCCUCCCAAUAUGCAUCGCAUUCAGAAGUGUCUGCAGAAACUGCUUCGUGCUCUUCACAAGGACAGGCAUCACACGAUCGCUCAUUAUAAACACUUGCUGGAUAGCAGCUUGGAACAAGCCCAACGCGAGAAACCAGCAACGUUGGAGCACUUGGCGGAGAUCGAUAGAAUCACCAAUCAGAGCCUUUUGAUGUUAGAACGGUAUCCUGAUUUAAGCGCAAAAAUUGGCCGCCUUAUGGAUGAUUACGUUUUGGCCCUCAGGAGCAAAGAUGAGACUCCUGGACUGCUGCUAGCGAUGACACGAGAAGCGGAAGCAGCUAUUUUAGACAAAUAUCAAGCUGACGUCACCAGCAAACAACAAGAAAAAGAGCAUCAGAAGCAACUUGAAAGGGCACGUAAGGAGCAACGUAAAGCGGAACGCGGCGAAUUACGUACCGAGCAAGCGCAACAGGAAGAAAACGACUCGAUAAACGACAACAAAGAGCCUCAACAACAACAACAACAACCAGAACAACCAUCGGCAGUAGCCGCGAUGCACAGUGAAGGACUCGUUAGAGCAGCUCACAGCAUGACUCAUGAUAUUUCUCACUCCGAACCGGGUUACUCCAUGAGAAGGGAAGCAUAUCACAGAGAGAGUCGAUCCGUCUAUUUUACACUUGCGUUUGCUGGAAUUGCACUUAUGGCUGCUGCGGUAGUUGGUGUAGCGGUAUUCAAAAGACGCAGUGCGAGAAGCCCCCACAGUCAGGGUUUCAUCGAAGUUGAUCAAGCGGCUACACCGGAGGAGCGACACGUUGCAAAUAUGCAAAUUAACGGAUAUGAAAAUCCUACAUAUAAAUACUUCGAGGUCAAAGAAUAAUCGAAUCACCUCGGUCUACAGAGUUUUAUUUGAAACUGGUCUUAAUUGUCCGUUCUCGCGUAUGUUCUUCAAGAAUCUCAUAGUAUUUUGUUAGUGUAAGAUAUCUUUCAGGUUCGAGGUUCUUCCGAAGAUUCAAAGGUACUUAUAUAAAUUUACAUCUUAGUGAUACGUGGAAUAAAAUCUGUCCAUAGGGAGAUAGGUAUUGCAAUACAGUAUCAUUAUGCGACGUCUCUUUAUAUAGCUCACGACGUAAUACAACCAUUACUUUAUGCUCUAUGAUAUGUAUAAAGCAAUGUUCAUACUACAUCUGAUAGAUAGAAAUUGAUGCGAGUUUUUACCUACGAUACUCGUGUACCAUCGUGAUUAUCUACGAGACAAUGUGAAAGGGAAACAACACGCCAAUGUGCCAUAUGGGAAACAUGCAAAUUGUCUUCGGAAGUAUCUCAUACACGUUGUUUUCGUUUCGUUGUCAUUACAUGUUAUUGAAAACAAAAAUAAAAUAAGAAGAAAAACGCAGGAAGGAGCGCUCACAAUAAUAAAGAAAAAAAAAAAAAUUAUUACUCGCUAAGGUUACGCGAUAAUACCCUUCGGUCAGAAGGCUGUGGACUAUGAUCAGUUAAUGAAUUUCGUUGUUUUCGGCAACAGAAAAUAACGAAUGCGUCGCAUGAGAAAAACGACGGUGUACGUCUCGCGAGCGGACGCGUUCGUUUAUGUGUUGUGUGCCGUUGGCGCUCUUUGCUGUAUUUUUGAGUUCUGAUAUUUUCGGAGAUAGUCAAUGGCAAUAAAGGUUACGCAGCUUACAUAAAUACGUG